AUGUUUUAAACAGUCACAGGAGAAUGGCACAGACAUUUGAACAUCCCUUUAAAGAUGUUCGGGAAUCGAGUUCAGAAACGUGCGUUAUUUGAAUUUUGUCUUAUUUUAUGGAUUUGGAUGUCGAAUCUGGUAUUUAAAGUUUAUUUUGAUUUUUCUUUUUUUCUCUGUGGGCACACUCAAGGAAUUAUCACACCAGCCAGUGUCCUCCUGGAGACAACCCUUAAUGCCACAUCAACAGGCGCUAAAAACAGAUGAUUGUGAGGAAGUCUAAAAGUGAUCAAAAAAUGCUGGAGAGCCGGUGGGGAAAGGCCACUUUAGGGCAACUGACAGUGCUCCCCAGCGUGAGGCACGUUUGGAUGCCCAAGGCGUAGACCCACCCUGUAGGGACGCCGAAGUAGUGCUCUAGUGGAAAAACUGCACUUGCCUUUCCUUAGCAGCCACAGCUGACGGCGUGGGCCAAGUCGUACUUGGCUGCUGACGGACAGAGGCUUGCUGUGUGUGUAGAGUGUCGGCUCCACGAGAAGAAAAGAUGUGGAGUGGGCUGCUACCUCCUGGCCUAAAUGAAAGUGAUAUUGAGUUGAAUUCUGAAGAUGAAGCCCCAUUAAAGAACUCUGGACUUAACUUACAGGAAGAUAACGAAGAUGGGGCCAUUACAAAAACAGAGAUCUCCGAUUUCCCUACAGAUGGACCAAAACCCGACGUGGAGGCAAAUGUAAAUGCCUAUGAAGAGUGCCCCUCUGGAGUUCCCUUAAAUAUGUGGAAUAAAUUUCAAGAAUUGCAUAAAAAACAUUCUGAACAGAAAAGCUCAGCAUCAGGAUUCAGAAGAAGGAAAAGAAAACGCUCCAGGAAAGGUAAAUUGAAGAAUGAAGAAGAGUCUCAAAGUGCCCAGACCUCAAGUGAAGCCCAGUGGAAGGAGCUUACUCAGUACUUUGGAAUCAAUGAUAGGUUUGACCCCCCUGUUAAAAAGAAAAAAAUUGAAAAGUCCGGCCUUGAAAAGAGCAUCGACCAGGCUGUGGAAGACUGGGACAUCGAGAAGGCGGAGGAACUCAGCAACCAGCUGGCCACGCGAGAGCUUGGUGUGAAAAUUGCUAAAGCGGUUGCCUGCCACAACUUUGUAAAAGCCAAAAGGGAUGCUGAGAAUUCACAGGUUGCUCGAAAAAAGAAGAAGCUUGCAUGGGGGUUUGAAGCAAAGAAGAGAUGGGAAACCAAGAGCAACAUGGGAUAUAUGUAGCUUGCCAGCGUUCCUCAAGGCAUUUGAGUCUUCACUUGGGCUUUUCUUUGAGUCUCCAGCUGCUCAGUUGACUGAGAAGAUACUCCUGCCGAUGUUAACUGUGUCAGGGAACUGCCAGAAGCCAGAAACAUAAGCGUAAAAUGUGGGGUUUGAUUAUUAAACCUUUUUAGUCUUUUU